AGACUCGCUGUUCCAUAUAUAACUUACAACACUGAACUUGAUCCAUUUAAAUCAAACACUCCCCAAAAAAAUAUAUACAAAUAAUGGAGAAAACCCAAAGAUGUAACAAAGACACAAACAUAGGCUUCUGCCUUCUUCCCUCUGAGCUCAUACAGAACAUUUUAUUCCACCUUUGUAUACCUGAGAUCAUCCGAAUGAAACUACUCAACAAGUUUGUCUUAAACACAAUCUCUGACCAAACCUUCAUCAGACAACUCAACCAUGGAUCACAAAGAGACACAUGGAUCUUUGUCUAUACUAGACGUUGGCGUCGCGACAACGGCGUGCUUCACGGCUUUUCCAACCGUUCUGUACGGUGGUUCAAGAUUCCGGUGGCUGAAAUUUUGACCGGUGAGGUUUUUCCCGGUGAAGAUUUAUAUUUACUAACGGCUAGCGGUAAUUUUCUUCUCUUUGCUUCUAAUACUCAUAGUGGAAUCAUAGCCGUUGAUCUUGUGGACAAGAGUGUUAGAAGAAUCAACUCAUGUCCUUUAGGUCCACGUGGAACUUCCUCGUGGAGACGGUCCGGUAUGAAGCUUGUACCUGAUCCAUCUAAUCCAAGUCAUUUCCGGUUUAUGUUCGCUGAGAUGGUAAAUAACCGGCCGGUUUUGUUUACUUAUAAUUCGAAUACAACCACGUGGACUACUAAAGAAGCAGAAGAAGUAAAUAAUUGGGCGUAUAAGAAAAACAAUAACGUUUUCUUAAGCUUAUCAAACCGACCUCACGAGAGUAUUGUGAUGAGUGUGGACGAUGGGUCGAUGAUAAAUCCGGUUCCAUCGAUUUUGAGACCAAGGAUGAACCAAGACGCGAUUAGAGGGUGCCCAUCAAGUGUUGGAUUCAGUAGAAACGAUCUAGAGAGUCAAUUGUUACAUAUACAUGGAGAUGGAUACAAAGUUGUUAUUAGGUUAGACACAAUAGAGUUAUCAAAGUUAAAGAAAAUGAAGAGUUUAGAGGUUUGGGAGAUAAGUUCAAACGGUGAGAAGUGGGAGUUAGUGACAAAAGCUCCAAGUGAAGUGAUCAGCAACAAGUCUUGUGGUGUGAUGAUGGGGUGCUUAGAGAGGAGAUUAGGAGUGAUUAGAGUGGCUCUAAUGACGAAUCGUGAGGGUUUAUGGAAUAUUAUAUGGUUGGAUUAUGAUAAGGACAAGGAUAAGUGGGAUUGGGUCCCGUUGCCACAUUGUAGAUUCUUGCAAGGCUCAAAUAUGGCCGGUAUUAGUUUUUCUUCUGGUCUCACUUUUUCUUUGUAACAACACUUCAAAAGUUUAAUCUUUAAUGUCGGUAUCUAUCACCCGACCUUACGCUUUUUAAUACUAGUAUAUGAUUGUAAGAAUUAAUAAUUUCACGAGCUGGGUCAGUGUCAUGCUUCAUGCAUAUAAAUAAUUGA